AGCAUUUUUCGAAAGCUCUUGGAUACUGUGUUGAAGACGUUGACACCAAAUUGAAAUUAAUCAAAGAGCUUGCUGAAAAUGAAGUAUCAAAUUUACGGCAAUACAGAGAUAAGAUAAACUCAUACUUUGAUGAGAGAGAAAUUGCCCUUCUUAUGAUCAUAGAGCAAAAUAAAAGUAAAGAUGAAACACGUCUCAACUCCAUGAAACCCAAAUGUGAUGACCUCAGAGCCAAGGUUGAAGACAUUAAAUCCAAACUUGCAGAACAGGAGGGAAACACUACCCAAUUGUUUAUUGAAGUACAAAGAGCAAAGAAACAAAUAGAAACUCUGCAGUUUGGCAUGGUUGACAUAAACAAAGAGAUGGCUGUUCACCGCUACCAGAUACUAAUUGAUCCGGCCACUGAAAGACUGUUGUCAUCAAGCACGGGUCUUGGUACUGUAAUCGAAAUGUCGAGUAGCAAGGAUAGGACAUUGAACUGCAACCAUUUGGUGGAGCCUGAUUCCGAAAAGCAGAUACCUGGUGUGACGACAAAAGUCAUAAAUCAGGUUGGAGUUGAGUCAUUUCAAGAUGAUGGAAGUAGUGGAAAACUUACAGAAGAAGAAAGUCAGGAUAGCGAUAAUAUGGCAAAGGCAGAAGAACAAAACUGUUGUCCGAUAUGCUUGGACAAUAUCAGUGACCCAAAGAAGUUGAUAUGUGGCCAUGUUUUUUGUACUAAAUGUAUUGAUAUGUGUUUGGAAGUUGGAAAGAAAGUGUGUCCAAUCUGUUUCACAGUGGUCGGUAAAAUCACUGGCGAUCAACCCAGUGGAACUAUGACAGUAUACAGUACAUGCGACCCAAAACAACGGGAGCUCAUAAUUAACUAUAACUUUCCUAAUGGUCGACAAGAGAGUCGUCACCCACCUCCUAGACAACCUUUUCGAGGGUCAAAAAGAACAGCUUACCUUCCAGACAAUGAAAAAGGGCGUACCAUUUGCCGAAUGUUGAAAGUUGCUUUCAGACGAAAACUUGUCUUUACCACUAGACAAACUAAAGACACAAGCCGUGAGGUGAUAACUUGGAACGAUAUUCAUCACAAGACCGACCAUGGGCCGUUCACACUGUGUGGGUAUGCAGAUCCGUCCUACCUGGAGCGUGUUACUGGCGAGCUUAAGGCCAAGGGUAUAACUGAAGAGGAUAUUGAUAGGCGUGAGCCAAUUGACGGCACAAUAUACGCAUAAAUCAACACGGAUUUGAAGAAAUAUUUCAAAAGUGCAUCGUACUAUUACAAUAGAAAUGUUUCCAAAUGUUAUUGUUGACGUCUUAUAAAAGCUGGUGAUAGUAGGUGUGUUUGGAAAGUUGUAAAACAAGGUGGUAUGUAUAAUGUGUAAAUUUUUAAUUUAAAAUCAUGUUACUGUAAUGCAUAUAGAGAGUCCUAUGACAGACACUGAUACUGAACUAAUUAUUAUAUAUUUCUUUUGAUGGAUUUCAAAGUGUGAACUCGUCGUUAAUUUUUAUUUUCAAUGUUUUAAGCAAAUGUUGCUAUGUUAAAAAAGUGCAGGUUGUUUUUAACAAGAGUUAAGAAAGGAUAACGUGUUUAUGUGUAAUGUAAAUAUUGAACACACAUAAAUAAUUCAACAAAUAUUGUUAUGAAUUUGUCUUUGUGUUAAAUGUAUCAUUGUCUUAAGAUUGUUGUCUGUGCGUGUGUAUUUUUGAAGAAAAGGA